AUGGGCGUCAAACUGGCCCCCGAAAAAACAGAGCUGGUCAUUCUCGUUGGACAACGCAAGGCAAAAGAUCUAAGCAUAAAGCUGGAUAAUUUAGUUAUAAAACCUCAAAAAAAGGUUAAAUACAUGGAGGUUUGGUUCGACUCGAGCAUGCGAAUGACUUUACACGUCACAGAAAUCAGGGAUAAAACGACUGGCCUCAUCCAGCAUCUGACGAGAAUAACUCCCAAUAUCGGAGGACCUCGUGCGGAAAAAAGAAGACUUCUCGCUUCGGUAGUUCAUUCGACUAUACUCUACGCAUCGCCGAUCUGGGACAGAUCCAUGCGCUUCAAGCAUUACGAAAACAUGCUAGAAAGGAUAAAUAGGAAGUUAGCACUCAUGGUUGCAUCGGCAUACUGCACAUGUCCAACAGUAACGGUACUGUGUCUUGCUAAGAUACCUCCAGGAGAAGAUUCUAGGGCAGAGUAA